AUGGCGGACACAAAGCUCGUUGUAAAAGUUGGCUCACGAAAAAGUCAGGUAAGUGCUUAAAUGGCCAAACUUGACAUUCUAUUUUAAUUUUCAACACUCAUGGAAGGCACGAUUUUGUCAGACCCCUUUUUGGACUCCGUCUAUGGAAGGCAUAACCUUUUAGAUUUCAGAUUCCGAUACAGUGCAGGGGAAGAAUUGCUUUGUCAUUUCAUAUCAUUAUUGGUCACCAUGUGGAGGGCUUCCUUGACCGUGAUGAUUCCGACGCCCUCUUCACAAUUUAUUUUAAGGUCAAUCCACUCCGAUUAUUUUGUUAUUUUUGGAUAAAUCAGUGAGGCUUAUACAUGUCCAUGAUAAAUUUUGACUCGCACUGUCCAAUGAGUGCAACAGGUUGUCAUUUUCACGCCUUCAGUCCUCAGGCUUCGUUAUCAGCCAAAUUAUAUUUUUCACGGGCUUAGAUUUCUUAUCUCAUACCAAGAUCUCUGUGGCAUCUGUUCACAGGUAUGAGAUUAGGAGAAUGCAGGAAAUACCCUCCUUUGACAUUUCGCUAUAUCUCGAAAUGGCAAUCCAGUGGUCUUACAUAUGCCACAGUGUAACCAAUUGUUGAAAUGUUCUUUAUUUAGCUGAUGCAAUAAAGGUUGCUUUGGGCAUUAGGAAUUGUAUUGGGAAGCUAUUGUUUGGUGGUCACUCAAGAAAAUCACUCAAGCAAAUCAUUGUGAAUUUACGCUCUUUUUGUCUUUAUAAUCGCAAAUAUUCUUACCCACUUACUUUGUCAAAUGUAGGCAAAUCCAACUGGAGUUGAAUUCCUAGUUGUGCUCAGUUUUCAUUUCCUUAUUUAAGUCUCGAAAUUUACCUAUAAACAUACAUUUUAUCUAUUUUUGUUCCAUACAGCUGGCUCUUAUUCAAACAAAUGUCAUAGUGGAUGAAUUAAAGAAGUUCUACCCCGGCAGAUCUUUUGAAAUUGGUUUGUAAUUAAGUUGUUAGUUACUUGAUGUUAUCUGUCACAAAUUUUUCAAACUUCACUGCUAUUACUCCUUCUUGUUCAAUUAAAUUUGUGAAGUGAUUUGAGCAAAUCAUUCUGGAUUUGUAUUCUUUUAAGGACUGUAUUCAAGUUCAGAAAAAGAAAAAAAAAUUGUGAUUUCUUGUGCCCCAUAAAACAUCAAUAUUAGGAUAUUUGAUGUUGUAGACAUCUGGCUGAAAUGUGUCAGAAAUUGAGCCUAUAUAUAUGGGUACAACUGUACGUGUACCUGGAACGUCGAUUUUGCCUCUCGUUUUCCCUCAAGUAGUUGGUUUUUCAUGUAAAAUCUUUUCAUAUCAAGAACUGUUUUGUAUGGUAAUGCUUCUAGUGCAGUGAGCUUAGUGCACCACAAUGAUGACAGGAACAAGAAAAUCAAAAUGCAAACAGGUUUUUGGCAGAUUUCUUUGCCAUCAUUCCAUUUCUAACAUGGUCAAACUUGUUUGGGAUGGCAGUGCAAUCGUUGCUUUAUUCUCUAAGGUCGUCGCUGCAUCGUCGCCACUUCGAUUUCACUGGAAAUACUCAUACAGAGGCUUAAAAGCGUGAUGCAGGUGCAUUACUGAUUUUCGUAAUAAAACUGUUGUUUUUUGAACUAGUUCUCAUUGCCUUUGUGUCAUAGUGGUUACAUAAGGUUCCAAUCACGAAGUAUUGAAGUUUCCACCUUAUAGAGGUGUCUGUAUUAUAGAGGCACUGUUUGACAUGUAUCUUUGGGACCAACAAAACUGUCCUUGAUCGUGAGACGUGUCCAUAAGGAGAUGAGGUUUGACUGUGGGUUAAUAGUUAAUAUCUUUAGAAUACACCAAUUGUUUUUAUAUAAGGAUCUGAGUUUAUGAUGGUUUGUUUUUUUAUUUCAGUUUCUAUGUCAACUGUAGGAGAUAAUAUUCUGAAUAAACCACUCCCCAAAGUGAGUACCCUGCAUGUACUGUAUAUUAAUGUUGAAGAUUAUUUAGUAAUAAUUAUAGGAUGAGUUAUGGAGAACGAGAUCUGUGUAAUUUUUGCAUAAAUCUUAAUAUAUUAUACAAGGCUACUUGCCAAUAUUGGUUUUUGUGCAUUCAAAAUAUUUCCUUCCUUAAAACAUGCUUGUUAACCUGUGCUUUAAGUUCCCCUCUUCAAACAUUUGCUGUUCCUUCGUAGUUUCAGGAUACAAAUUUAAGGGAUAUUAUUUUCCUCAUUAUUCCAGAAGUUGUCAUUUGAUGAGUGUUCUUUGUCUAUAUUUGUGCUAUGUUUUUAAGCACAUUGCUGUGGCUAUUUUGUCUUCGUCUUAAUCAAUGUCCACUACAUGCAUUGCUGAUGUAUAGGGAUCAAGUAAAGGGGAUCAUCUCAUUCACUUGAGUAGAAUGAAAUUGAGAGCUUUUACUUACAGGAAUUUUGUUUCCAUUAUACCAAGGGUGUAAUAUUAUUCAAUAAUUUUGAGAAAAUUCAAUUAUCUAGAUUGGAGAAAAAAGUGUUUUCACAAAGGAGCUGGAAGUUGCUUUGGCUAACAAAAGGUUAGUUUCAUUAUUAGACUGUACCAGGAAUUGCCAUGGCUUGAUUGUGGUAGAUUCUGAUGUCUGAAUCAGCUGGCAAAAUAAGAAUUUCAACAUCACUAGCACAACUCGAAAGACAGUGUUUACCUUAAACUAAAGCCAGGCCUAAAAUGCAUGCCAAUAUUUCUAAACCAAAAAUGUUACCACAAUUAACAUCUUUGACUCUGAAGAUGACUACCACACAGGUUGUCGAAACGUCAGUCACUGUCAACAACAACAGUCCUAUUCAGGACUAUGUUCACCCGGACAAUCAAACUCAACCUACUUUCGAAAUGACUCCUGGGUUCAAACCUUUCACAAUUAAAAGGAAGUUGAGUAAUCUAUUCAGUCCAUUACAUGGAUACCUUGUCCCACCAAAAAGUUUAGUCUUUUGCCUUGGAAGCAGAGAAUAUUUCCCUUAUCCUCAUUCAGCAAGUCUCCAUAGCUGUAAAGAAUGAUAGACUCUUCCAACUUGUGUUACUAUAUAUUAAUUACCCUUUGUGUUUUUAGUGUCCAUCUUGUAGUUCAUUCAUUAAAAGAUCUUCCCUCCACCUUGCCUCCAGGCAUGUUGAUUGGAGCUGUGUUCAGGUAAGCAUUAAUUUUGUAGGACACUUAGGUUGCCAAUAAAAAAACUCUAGAAAAUUUCUGUAAGGCAAGAUUUAAUUGUGAUUUUUACUUUGAGGGAUUUCCAGAUUACCUGACACAGAAGCAAAUUUCACUGUCUAAAUAUCAUUUGUAAAUUCAGCCCCCUAACAGGGAUAUGUCCCUAAAAGCCAGCUGCUGGCUAAUUUCACUGGCUAAAAAAGACCUUACCACCUGGUCAAAUUGCUUUGUUAAACUAAAAACAUGGGGUAAUUUUGAAUGUACAGCUGGGUUGGAAAUGCUGACUUGACUAAAAAAGCCUGCUUAGCUUGUCCUUACCUACAUCCCUGCUUUAAGCCUAUCUUCAAUCAACACCCCUGUCUAACAAGCCCAUGGCCACACCCCUCCCCCUCAUCCUUGCUGAGGAAAAAGCCCUCCCCCUUCCUCCUUCACUUCACUUAUAAAUAGGAGACUGUAAUAAAUAGCUUUAUGUGUAUUAAUAUUAUUGUUGACCACAAAGGAUAAUUGGUUUCUAUGCACUGAUCAAAGUAUGGUACAGUCUGUACAAUAUCACUCAAAUCUCCAUGUUUGAUAUGAAUAAAAUAUUAUCAAUAUUACCCUAAUCAAGGACAGCAAUUAAAGUUUCAUAACUUAACACUGGUAUUUCAACUUUGCUAAUUAAAAAAAGGAAGCCCCCCUUAAUGCUUUGGCUCCUCCUCCCCGUCCCUCCAACCUCAAAUGUCAAUACCGGUAGCUCCCUUUCUUCCAAGGGAAGUUUAAUGAGGAUUUAUGAUAAAUAGGACUGGUUUUAUUUUGAACUACUCAGACGAGAUGAUCCCCACGAUGUAGUUGUUUUCCAUCCUAAACACAAGGGAUCAACUCUAGCUACAUUGCCUAAAGGAAGGUAAGCAUUAUCUGUUUCAAAAAUAAAAAGCACCUUGAUUAAAUUUUUGCUGUUGAAUAAUUUGUAUUGUCAAGGACAUUAGAGCAUUAGAAUGGCAAAAGGUUUAAAUAAUGAUUUUAAUUAAUUUUAAAAUGAAAUAGUGUAUUAUUGGUGGUUUGAUUGGCAACUGCCCAACGACCAUCCAAGUUACAUGGAUAUACCAUCAUUAUUGUUGUCACAACUCCUCUUAUAUCUAGUGACAUUUUGGAGUAUUGUAGAACCCCGACUCACGGCCACCUCGGUAGUGCUUGCGGUCACCUGGUUAUAAUUACGGCCACUUUUUUUCAGCCCGGUGAAACGGCCAUACAUUUUCGUAUACCGGUAAUAAACCCUCGUUAAUGUGGUCGCCCAUUAAUACAGCCAACAGCCACAUUUUAAAAUCCCAAACAGUAGAGUCAAUUUCAACUUGUAUUUUGUUUAUUAAAAAUAGUAUUACAAUAGACUGGCCCGCAAAAGUUGCAGACAACUUGUGUUAGGCAACUCCAAGACGCAUUGAAGAAGCUGGUUAACCAUAAUGAUUAAUUUUGUUUUUCAUUGACGAUGAAAGUUUUUAUUGACAGUGUUAUUGGAACAAGUUCCUUAAGGCGGAGUGCACAGCUCAAGAGAGCAUUUCCACAUUUAAUUAUUGAAGAUGUUGUAUCCUUAAUAUUAUGAUGUCAAACAGUAUAACUGACUCAAUGACAUUAGAACUUUUAGGCAGAUGGAUGUCUGAAGCAUGUUUUGUGGAGAUCCAAAUUAAUAAUUGUGCUUUUUCUGAUGAUCCAAUAACAUUAUGACUUUAUUGACCAGUGAGGUCACUAUCCAGCGUUUAAUACCAUUAACUGACGUGAUACAAUUAAUUAUUACAAUUCACUUUGACUCUGAAGAUGACCGCCACACAGGUUGUCGAAACGUCAGUCACUGUCAACAACAGUCCUAUUCAGUGCUACGAUCACCCGGAUGAUAAUAUUCCAUCCACUGAAGAAAUGACUCCUAGGUUCAGACCUUUUACAAUGUGCAUAGAGUUUAACAGUAAGAUUAGAGCAGGGAUAAAAUAAUUAAUGACUCACCUCCCAGCCCUCGUUUAUAAUAAAUCAAGAUUAUUUUCUUCUGUUAAUUGUCCUUGACGGAAUUAUUCAGCGUGGUAACCUCAAUACAAGAUUAAGCAAACUCGAUGCAGGUGAUAAAUACGAUGCUCUUAUCUUGGCUGCUGCUGGGAUGGAGCGCAUGGGUUGGGCGGAACGGAUUGACCAGGUAAAAUAAUUACCCAACUCUAUGAACACUGGCAGGAGGGCUAGGUCUCCAGUUUUAAAGAGCCUAUUUUGACAGAAUUAGCUCAUCAGAAUGCCUAAGCUUAGAUUGGAUACCAUCCAAAAUAUGCCCAAGUUAGAGCGAUUUUCGUCUGACCUUAAAUGAAAACGCGCGAACAAAACAGAAACAACGAACGGAAAUAGCGCGAUUUGAUUGGUUUAUCGAACAGAUACAAACGCGAGUGGCUUUUCGUUGGUUAAGCGAACGCUCAGGUGAAAAAACUUCAUGCUUGAGAAUUUUCUAGAAGUCAACUGAUACUUCACUUUGACUUCAUACUGCAACGCGGUUGGCCAAUCGAACAAUGCCUUCUCCAUAUUAGGGUUUACUUUGGCAGGAAAACGAAGAGUCUAUGUUUUGAUCUUUUCAUCCAUUUGCUGAGAAAACAAAUAGCGGACACUUACCGAAACCAUUUUUCGAGGUCAUACGAAAAUCGCUCUAAUAGAAGAACGAAGGAAACGUUUACUCCAAGUUUCUAUUAAAAAGAGCCACAGCCUUUUCCAGGCCAUUUUAAAUAGUGGAAAGCCAGGCGUGUUCCAGACCAGUUUCCACCAUUUUUCAGAAAACUUUCUCCCACUUUAAAGCGGAAGGAAAUGACUCUUUCUGGAGUUAAAAUUUCGUAAAUUUCCCUGCGAUGUAUGAACUUGUCUUCCUGUAUAAGAGAUAGACCGUUGCGUUCUUGGAAGAUGGUUAUGUUUUUUCUCCGGAUCUCCACCUGGGAAUGGUACAAAAUGAAAAGUAGCACGAAAAAAAGUGAACGAGAGGGACCUCGUUGUAUAUUCCUCCUCCGUUCUCUUUUCACCGUCCUCACUAUCUUAGCCUGCAUGGUAGAAGUCAAGGUAUACGUAAAAUUUGCAAUGCGCCUUCGCGUUCGCGUUCGCGCACGUCCUCCUUCCUCGGGGCAGAGCGCUGCCGAUUUGACCCCUUUAUAGCGCCCAAAUUCCUCACUCGCCUGAGGCUACCACUGUUUGAAUGCCUGAAACAGAAAAAAAGAAAGAAAAAAGGACACCCAUGCCUGAUGCUCCAAAAGUCUUUACGAUAAAAUAUACUAUCACAAGGUUGCUGUGUUGAAGCUACUGCUGAAACUAGAUUAAAUAAGAUAGUUACUUGACCGUUGUUAAUUUUCUCGUUGAUUUAGAUUCUUGGACCAGAUGAAUGUUUGUAUGCAGUAGGACAGGUAAGUGAGUGUUACAUUUAACCAGUUCAUUUACACGCCUAAAAACGCGCUUAUUACUGUAGGUAUAGCCUCCUCACUUAAGGUUGAUUUCCACUGACGCGUUUUUGGCUACUCACGUUAAAACACGUAAAUUUUAAUCACGUAAAUAAAAUAGAGGCAAGAUAUAAAGUGUUGAGAUUGAAAGUGACGUUGAGCGAGGUUCUACUUUUACGCUUACGUGCGACUUUUCAUAUAUUGGCUCUAUUUUAUUUGAGAACGUAAAUUUACGCACGUACACACGUAAAAAUUACCAACCCUUAGCCCUUUCAACGCCCUCCGUGCAGGCUUCUCUAGGUAAUGAUCGAACGUUCUACUAGGAAAGAUAACUGGUUGUGUAUUCCUCGCGUGUCCCUCCAAAUGGUCAGGGAGUUUAGUUUGUUAUGAUUUUCAUCAAUUCAUAUUAUUGCGGGCUCCUUUGGUGGCCCGCAAUCCUAAUCUCUAGGUUCCAAUUACGCAUGCUUGGCACGUAUGUAUCCAGCGUUCUUUUGGACUUUCCACUAAGAAUGAAUGGAAUGCAUAGAAUAAAACGCAAUCUGCUCAAACGCGUUUGUACUUUCUACCACUCGUAAUCUGAUCACACUCGUUUUGUCCCUCUAUCAUCUAUCACACGAAACGUACGCAAAACACCAGCGUUGGAGUAAGAGCGUUUUAACCUUUGAUCAAAAGCCUGAAACACGUCCAUACUCUCUAACCUUUGAUUAUUUCUAGUUUUAUGAUCGUUUGCACGUACCAAGGAACCAGAUACUAGGGAGCUUAAGCAACAGCGUUUUUGAGCGACGGACGUCAACCGGAAGUGAACUUUUUGCAUCAUUGGGCAAAUUGGGCAGUGGUUUGGUUGAAACUUUAUACGAGAAAAGAAACUUGGCAAUACAAAUUUGUUAGCGUCAAGGCACAUAAAAAGGGAGAAGGCCUCACUCCCGGUUGACGUGCGUCGCUCAAAAACGUCUUUGCUUAAGCUCCCUAGUACGAAGUAAUCUAGUAGCUAAUUUCAGUUGGCAAUUUGACAUACAGGAAGCCUGCCUUACAAGCGUCAAAGGGCUGAGGGAAGAAAGGAAAAAGAGAUUGGGGUUGGGGAGUGAAUCCCCUUCCACUUCCACUUUGCACAUAAUACUUGUCGUUCUUUUCCUAUGUUUUGUUACAAAAACGAUAAAAAACGGGUCCAGAAGGUAACUGUAAUUGAAGUGAUCUCUAUCAAUAAUCUUAAAAAUACAAGAAGCGCUGCGUUGUUGUUCAAAGGAAUUGGCGCUAAAAAAUAGUUUUGCUGCUAAGUGCCGCGCUUUUUCAGAGGCGUCACUUACUCAAGGAAACCGCUCUUUCGAGUAACCUACGAAUCAAACCAGUCUCGCAACACGUUGUUGAAGAAAGUAGAAAGAAGUGCUACUUUUUGGUUUUUUGCAAAAAAAAAAUCAGUAUAAUUUUUGCGUUUUAACAGCCAAGGCAAACUUCAUUUGCAACAAGUGACUAAGUCCCGUAUAUGGCGGGACUCCCGCGUAAUUUUUGUCCAAUCAGUAGUCAGUAUUCAUACAACUUGUGACAACGUGAUUUGCUGCAAGACAAGUUCGAACGGGGGCGGUAAAAGGGUAAAACGCGCAACAUCGCGUUCAAGACCUUCUGUAGUAAUAGAGAGUUUUAGAUCCGAGUUUACCGCGAACCUCUAACCGGGGUUUGCCGUUACCCGUUUGCGGUUCAACGUUCAAACAUAAUUCGAUUUAGAUUGGUGGUGGAUUAAAGAAGUGGAUUCUGGUUUAUUUUUCCACUUAGAAAUAGAAGAAAAAUCAAUCAGUGAAAACAAAAGAAAUUUACGUUAACACUGGGUUAUCUAGCAUUAAAGAGCUGUAAAUUCUUACAUUAGUUCUUCUUGCAAUUUUACGGCCGCCAUUUUGAACCAGCAGCCAUGACUGGCACUUGCUUUCAAGAUCCAAUAGGAUUUAUCAAAUUUAGCAUUUCUCCCGUAUUUGUGCCUUUGUUAAUGGAUAAAGACUUGCUCCACAAGAUUUUUGUAUCAUUACGUGGGAUAAAACAAGAUUUAUACUCUAAAAUCUUUCAGGUAAAUGGCAUAUGUGAAAAUCUAUCUCCCCACGUUGAAAACGCACGUCGUAAACCUCAAACGUGACGCGAAAGACUUGUCACGUGACCUCCAGCGGUUAGAGGUUCGCGGUAAACUCGGAUCUAAAACUCUCUAAUAUUCGAAAACAAGUUUCCCGCUUUGGUUGGUCGUUUCACCGUAUCUCAACUCCCUUAUAUCCUUUUAUUCACAGGGGGCUCUGGCAGUAGAGGUUAACCUUGAAGAUUCUCAAACAAUUGAGUUAGUGUCUAAGCUGAUUGAUAAGAAAACUAGUUUUUGCUGUGCAGCUGAGAGAAACUUCCUUAGAACUUUGGUGAGAAAAUAGAAUUGAAUCCUUUAAGUACCAAUAUGCAACUAUGAUAUAAUUAGCCUGCAAGCAAGCGGGGUGGGGAGUAGGAGAUUUGAAAAAGGCUUUGGAAUCCUGAAUACAGCUCAAGGAAUCCGGAAUCCCUCUAAUGACUGGGAUCGGGAAUCCAAGUUCCAGAGACAUAGAAUCCGAAAUCAAGUACUGGAAUCCGGAAUCCAAAGCGUGGAAUCCAGAAUCCAAGACUUAAUGGAUUUCCUUACAUUGGACGAAAAGAAAGAGCACCAAUUCAGCAUCGCUGACUUGCCUGCUUAAGGCCCCUUAAUGCCGAACAUUUGAUCUAAAAUGGUAGAAACUGGUCUCGAUCCGCGUAUGGGCUUGCCCAAAGAAAGCUACUUUUCUAAAAGUAACCUAGGCUUUUGCUGUCGAAAUACUAAGGUCUCAAGACUGUCCGUAAUAAGUUGCUGUUCGAGGAUCUCCAUGGGAUGGUAGCUUUGACGGUUGACGGUUAAUUUUUUCCAGUGUUAACGGUUAUUAAGCGUGAGGGAAAUUUAGUCCAAGAGUUAAAGUAAAUAUUAUCUUCUUUGUAAAGAAAUAUUGACGGUUGUGUUUUGGAGGUUGUCAUGCCCUUUCACUUACAAAAUUUCGAAACAUUUUCAUAUAUAAGCAAGUUGUAAGGUCUUGUAAUGUCUAGAGAGGGCGUUUUGAGAACAUGGGAACUGUUUUUUUAGUUUAGAGAUUCUUCAGGAGCCAGAAGUUCAUAAGAUCAGCUGAAAUAGUGGGAUUUGAAGUACCUUGAAACUUUUUCACGGUUAAUAAUAAUCUACGUUUUAUACUGUUGACGAUAAAAAAAAUACCUUUUUCGACGGAUAAUGGUUAAAUUUUAGGCCAUUAGACGGCUGUCGGUUAACCCUAUUGAAGUCAUUGUUAAUCUCCUUUUUCACUUAUUAUUUGCUCAGGAAGGGGGAUGCAGUGUUCCAAUUGGAGUAACUACAAGUUUGGAUGGUAAUCAGGUACGCUUUGUUUACUGUUGUUUGUUUAUAUGCGUAAAAAGCAAUACAUAAAUAGCAAUACAAAACCAGAGAGUUACGGUGUUACUUUACUUUUCAGAUGCUUUCUAUUUUUCGCAAAAAUUUUAGUUGAAAUGGAACGGUCCUUUCCGGGUCGGUCGGUCCAAUUGAUCUGUUUGUUCAACUGGAAAAUAGCGUUUCAUUCACUGCAUGAAAUUUCCGAAAGUUUGAACCGGACUUUUUAUCAAAUCCGAAGUCCCGGAAGUCGUCACUAGCUUCUUCAGUUCUUGAUUUACUGUUCAUCUUGUCAAGCAGGUAAUUAACGGUCAACUUGCCAUUCCCCACCGGUGAUUGUUUGAUCCAGGAUGUAAAAAAGCGAUCUUAGUUUUCUUUUAUUUAUUUAUUUAUUUAUUUAGUCACUCACAAAAUCUUAUACAACAUGAGCAAAAGGUAUUAAUUAAAUUAUAAAAUUAAUGUGACAAGGAAGCCUAACGAAGCUUGAAUCUUAUAUUAAUAGGCUUCCUUCAACUACCUAGUGAACUAAAUUCAUUGCUGAGUGCAGAGUGUGCAAGAUCAGAAAAUUAAGCGACAGAUCGGCUAUCAGUGAGAUAAUUCGUUAAUUUUUUUAAAAAAACAAAUAUAGAAGGAGAGCUAAUUAGUGAAACGGGCAACGAAUUCCAGAUUUUAGGUCCUCGGUAAAAGAUACUGAAUUGCUUUAUAUUUGUUCUACAAAAGUGAGGUCUAUACUGAGAGGCUAGUCGAGUUUCGUAUUGAUGAACUUGAUUACUACUUAAGAACAAGUCACGAAAGCUCUUACGUCAAGAGUCGCUUUUUAUUAUGCAGACAGGGAGUUGAAGCCUUUAGCUUAAUUUGAAUCUUGCUUUCUAGUUAAGUAUCACCGGUGCUGUGUUCAGCCUUGACGGAAAAGAGUGCUUAAUGGAGAAGGUCUCCGGAACCCUCCCAGAUCCUGCCGUUCAGACGGGUGUCUGCUCUCAUGCCGUGCUCACCAAAUCCAGCAUAUUUGUCCCAGAGGAAGCCCGCGACACCCUUGUGGCAGCGGAAAAGCUGGGAGAGCAGUUGGCGCAAGCUUUAAUCGCUCGCGGAGCUGAGCGAGUGCUGCGAGCAGCUAGAGAAGGGAAAGAUCUUAGCCAGUAG